AUGCUCAGGGCUGUCUUGGAUGCCCCUCAGCACUGGCUGCAGGAGGAGAGAGAGUCCCGGAAGCUGGUGCUGGUGGUUGUGUUUGUGGCUCUGCUCCUGGACAACACGCUGCUUACUGUGGUCGUGCCCAUUGUGCCCACCUUCCUGUAUGCCAGAGAAUUCAAAGAAGUCAACACGUCUCUGCACCUGGGCACCGCCACAACUUCCCGGCACGCCCUCACUUCUCCGGCCUUUUCCACUAUCUUUUCCUUCUUUGAUAACAACACCUUGGCUGUUGAAGAAAGUGUGCCCAGUGCCACAGCCUGGACAAAUGCCACUUCUGGCACCAUCGCCCCUCCAGUCACAGGGGCCAUCUCAUCCCAGAAAAACAACUGCCUGCAGCACUCAGAGUUCUUGGAGGAAGAGAACAUCCGAGUCGGGCUUCUGUUUGCUUCAAAGGCUGUGAUGCAGCUUCUGGUCAACCCAUUCGUGGGGCCUCUCACCAACAGGAUUGGAUAUCACAUUCCCAUGUUUGCUGGCUUUGUUAUCAUGUUUCUCUCCACAGUUAUGUUUGCUUUUGCUGGUACCUACACCCUGCUCUUUGUGGCUCGAGCCCUUCAAGGCAUUGGAUCUUCAUUUUCAUCUGUUGCAGGUCUUGGGAUGCUGGCAAGUGUCUACACUGAUGACUAUGAGAGAGGCCGUGCCAUGGGAAUCGCCUUGGGGGGCCUGGCUUUGGGAGUGCUGGUGGGAGCUCCCUUCGGAAGUGUGAUGUAUGAGUUUGUUGGGAAGUCUGCACCCUUCCUCAUCCUGGCCUUCCUGGCACUGCUGGAUGGAGCACUCCAGUUUUGUAUUUUACAGCCUUCCAAAUUCUCUCCGGAGAGUGCCAAGGGGACUCCGCUCCUUACACUUCUCAAAGACCCUUAUAUCCUGGUGGCUUCAGGCUCCCUCUGCUUUGCCAACAUGGGAGUGGCCAUGCUGGAGCCCACACUGCCCAUCUGGAUGAUGCAGACCAUGUGUUCCCCUGAGUGGCAGCUGGGUCUAGCUUUCCUGCCUGCCAGCGUCUCCUAUCUCAUUGGCACCAACCUCUUUGGUGUGUUGGCCAACAAGAUGGGUCGAUGGCUUUGCUCCCUGAUUGGCAUGGUGGUAGUAGGUACCAGCUUGCUUUGUGUUCCUCUGGCUCGUAAUAUUUUUGGCCUCAUUGGUCCCAAUGCAGGGCUUGGCUUUGCCAUAGGCAUGGUGGAUUCCUCUAUGAUGCCCAUCAUGGGACACCUGGUGGACCUGCGCCACACCUCCGUGUAUGGGAGUGUCUAUGCCAUCGCUGAUGUGGCCUUUUGCAUGGGCUUUGCUAUAGGCCCAUCCACUGGGGGUGCCAUUGUGCAUGCUAUCGGUUUCCCCUGGCUCAUGGUCAUCAUCGGAGUCAUCAACAUCAUCUAUGCUCCUCUCUGCUGCUACCUGAGGAGGCCCCCAGCCAGAGAGGAGAAGCUUGCAAUUCUGAGCCAGGAAUGCCCAAUGGAGACCCGGAUGCAUGCAGUCCAGAAGUCCGUGAGGGCAUUUCCACUGGGGGAGGACAGCGAUGAGGAGCCUGGCAGUGAGGAGUAGCAGCAGAAGGUGGUCCCUGAGCCUGUCACAUGUGGGUCUCUGAGGCUCAGACCUCAAUGAUCACCUCUUUCCUUGGAACUAGAUCACCGUGGACCGCUCAGUAGGCUUCAUUUCCCUCUCCCCUGGUGUCUCUCGACCUCCCUCCCCUGGAUGCAGCCCAGGUUCUCUCCUCACCCGUGCAACCCACAGCUCUCCCUCUCACUUCGAUGCCUCAGGUGGCCCAUCUUUUUUGGGAGGACAGAGGGAUGCUUUCUGCUAGGCUUCUGGGAGGCUGAUUAAACCUGCACGAUGACCGGUUCUGCAAGGUGUGACUCAUUUCCUGGAGGCAGCAAAGAGCACAGGGUGCCCCUGAAACCAGUGGGGUGACUGGCAAACCCAUUUCAUCUGCUGUCUGGUUUUCUUUGGCACGGGGCUCCGUGCUCUGUCCCUCCCCCAGUUUUUCCGGCUAAGUUGAGAAAGCUUCCUCAACGUGGUACUGCUGCAAAGUUGCCAACCUGGGAAAUCUUUGGCCGGAUUUGUAGUGUUUUCCCUGUGGCAGAGCCUACAGCUGCUAAUGUGCCUUUUUCCUCAGUGAAUGGAGGACUCUUUUUUUCAUUACCACAUGGAAGGGAAAGAGCCUGUGUCUCUUACGCUUGAGUUACUGGGCAUUCUCGCUGUUCCCUCUGUGGACUUCCACCUUCCCUAAACCUCUUAGACUCUGAGAAAUAAAAAUAGGAGGACAGAAAACUACCUACUGUUCCCAAGAUUUCAUGGGAAUAAGUACAGAGCAGCUGCCCUAAAACCCUUCCAAUGGUGGAUUUCCUAAUUCUUUCCUGAGGAUCCUCAUGAGGCAUUGUUCACACUUGUUGAUGAAUGUGUUAUUGCGUCAUUCCGACAUGGUAACCUGGAUGCUCUUUUAUAGCAAAGAAAACCUGUGGGCAAAUACAUUUGGUACUGUAAACAUUUUGACUUUUUGCUACUUUUUAAAAAACAAUUAUUGAGCAAUGGGGUUUCAAGGACACGUAUGUAAUACCUUAAUCAAUAAAGAAAAAAAAGA